AUGAAGAUAACAUUGUGUUUGGUUUCCUUAAACCUCUUCAUCUUCAUCACCACACACUCACUUCUCUCAACCGCUUCCGACGUAAUUUACGACUCCACCGGCAACAAGCUUCUAAAGGGUGUCCCCUACUACAUCCUCCCCCUCCUCCGCGGCACAGGCGGCGGUCUCACCCUCUCCCGGGCCUCCAAAGACGUGUGUCCACUCGACGUCACCCAAGAACCAUUCGACCUCAGCAAUGGUGUCCCCUUCAUCAUCAACCCAGUCCUUUUCGACCAAAACAAUGUUCGUGCUGCGUAUCCGAUCUCCAUUGAAGCAGAUGUUGCGGACCCGUGUAGGGGAUCCAAUAUUUUGAAGGUUGUAACGUCGGAAGAUGUUGUGAAAACUGUUACCGCUGGUGGUCAGUUUGACACGCCGGAAAGUUGUUUUCAGCUAGUGGAAAAUGAUAUGAUGCCUGGAUUGAGGAGUUACCAGAUUCAGUAUUGUCCGUCUAAAUGUGGUGCGAAUACUGGUACUGGUACUGAUGUUAUUUGCUACAAUGUCGGGAUUAUUUCGAAUUCUGACGGUAAGAGAUUUGUUGGUCUGACUGAUGUCAUGUUUCCGGUGGUGUUUGAGAGUUCGUUUGCUAAAACCGUGCAAUCGGAGUAA